AGAGCACUCCGGACGGAACUUGAAAGCCAGCCGAGCCGAGGCAUUGCUAGAUUUGCAACUGUGUUGUUGUCUCUGUAUGACACAGAGAAGAGAUCCAGACGUUGGAAACGAUUUGCUUUGCAUCUAGAUAGAUCUAGUCUGAAGCAAAAUGGCAGUGGAAAUUGAGUCUGCAGAUGUUGUUCGUCUCAUUGAGCAGUACCUGAAAGAGAACAACUUGCUGAGGACACUAGCAUGUUUGCAGGAAGAGAGUGGAAUCUCCUUGAACACUGUGGAGUCUGUGGACAGUUUCAUCUCGGACAUCACAGCUGGGCACUGGGACAGCGUUCUCCAAGCCAUUCAGACUCUCAAGUUGCCGGAUAACACACUGGUAGACCUCUAUGGACAGAUUGUGUUGGAGCUCAUCGAACUGCGUGAGCUUGGGGCAGCUCGUUCUCUGUUGAGACAGACAGAUCCCAUGAUUAUGAUGAAGCAGAGUCAGCCAGACCGAUACAUACAUUUGGAGAACAUGUUGGCUAGGUCUUAUUUUGAUCCCAGAGAGGCUUAUCCAGAAGGUCAGACGAAAGAGAAACGUCGGGCGGCCAUUGCUCAGGCUCUGUCCGGCGAGGUGAACGUUGUGCCUCCGUCCAGACUGUUGGCUCUGCUGGGCCAGUCCCUGAAGUGGCAGCAACACCAGGGACUCCUGCCACCAGGUACCACCAUUGAUGUGUUCAGGGGUAAAGCAGCUGUCAAAGAGCAGGAAGAAGAAAAAUAUCCAACCCAAAUGAGUCGACAGAUCAAGUUUGGUAACAAAGCUCAUGUGGAGUGUGCAAGAUUCUCACCAGAUGGACAGUACCUGGUCACAGGCUCAGUGGAUGGGUUUGUGGAAGUCUGGAAUUUCACCACUGGCAAAAUUCGAAAAGAUCUCAGAUACCAGGCACAGGACAACUUCAUGAUGAUGGAUGAGGCAGUCCUCUGUAUGAGCUUCAGCAGAGACUCGGAGAUGUUAGCUACCGGUGCACAGGAUGGGAAGAUCAAAGUUUGGAAGAUUGUCACCGGUCAGUGUUUGAGGAAAUUUGACAAGGCUCAUGGCAAAGGUGUGACGUGUGUGAAUUUUGCUCGAGACAACAGCCAGCUUCUCACUGCCUCUUUUGAUCAGACCAUAAGAAUUCACGGGAUGAAGUCGGGCAAAACUUUGAAAGAGUUCAGAGGACAUACUUCAUUUGUCAAUGAUGCUGUGUUUUCCCCUGAUGGUCAUCAUAUUCUCAGUGCUAGUUCAGAUGGAACCAUCAAAGUGUGGAGCGUGAAGACCACCGAAUGUCAGAACACCUUCAAGUCACUGGGCAGCGUGUCGGGAGUAGACACGACGGUACACAGCGUGCACAUUCUGCCGCGUAACGCUGAACAGUUUGUCGUGUGCAACCGUUCCAACACAAUAGUCAUCAUGAAUUAUCAAGGACAGAUUGUGAGGAGUUUCUCCAGUGGUAAACGAGAAGGUGGAGACUUUGUGUGUGCAGUGCUGUCCCCUCGUGGCGAGUGGAUCUACUGUGUGGGGGAGGACAUGGUGCUCUACUGCUUCAGCGUCAGCACCGGCAAACUGGAGAGGACUCUCACGGUUCAUGAGAAGGACGUCAUUGGGAUUUCUCACCACCCACAUCAGAAUCUGAUUGGCACGUACUCUGAGGAUGGACUGCUCAAACUAUGGAAGCCAUAAGCCACGAGCGAGAUACUUCCACUGACAGCAAACAUCCUGACCUUGACCAGUUCCUUGUCACUUUCAUUGCAAUUACAGUAUAACACGGAUAGGUCGAACACAGACGACUCAAAAUCAUGGGACUGUGCCUGCGGUUCCGGUUUUUUCUUCUUUCUUUAUCUUUGUAAGAUAUGCCUCGAACUACCGAGGCCGGUCCCGACGAAUUCCAACUAUCCGUGUUAUACUGCAUGUACACAAGUCCAAGUGUCAUGGCAUAUUUUUUUGUAUUUCCGUGUUUGAUGCCAUUAUUCCAUCAUAAUGUUUUUGUCAAAUGGUGUAGUGUAUCUUGUGAAAAAGAGAACAAUAAACACCUUCAUUCAUAAA